CUUUCUUUUUUAUUUUAUUUGACGGCCCCUGUUAAUGUUCGCUGGUGGUUAGGGGUUUAAAGACUGAGACGCCUGUAUCUCUCGCUCACCGUCGCGCUCUUCUUGUAAAAAGAAAAUCCCCUUCAGUUUCCUAUUCAGUUUCUGAUAUGUAUGUUAUUGGAUUGUGAAGAGUGAGACCUGAAGAGAGAGUGAUAAAGAAAAUGACGACAAAAAGAAAAGAUGGUGGUAAUAUAGAGAUUGAGGGAUAUAAUACCUCGAAGAGGCAGAGAGUGGGUAAUGAACACAACUCUCCUUCAUCUUUGCAAGUCAUUGAUAACCCACUUGUUCCCUACAAUGAUGUUGAUGAUGAAGAACAUUAUCAAAGAUUUGAACACAAUAACCAAAGCAAUGGUUAUCAAGGUCUCAAAGAGGAUGAUGACGAUGACGAUGACGAUGACGAUGACGAUGACGAUGACGAUGACGAUGACGAUGACGAUGAUGAUGGACAAGGGUCCAAUCAAGCAAACCGAAGGAACCAACUUGAGCCUCGUGAAGACUGCCCUUACCUUGAUACAGUGAAUCGCCAGGUGUUGGAUUUUGAUUUUGAGAGAUUUUGCUCUGUUUCUUUGUCGAACUUGAAUGUAUAUGCAUGUUUGGUUUGUGGAAAGUAUUACCAAGGAAGAGGUAGAAAAUCUCAUGCAUACACUCAUAGCCUUGAAGCAGGACACCAUGUUUACAUCAAUCUUCAGACUGAGAAAGUAUACUGCCUUCCUGAUGGAUAUGAAAUUAUUGAUCCUUCACUAGAUGACAUACGUCACGUUCUAAACCCAAGGUUUAGCAGGGAUCAAGUUGAGCAGCUUGACAGAAACAGGCAAUGGUCUAGGGCACUUGAUGGGUCUGAUUACCUUCCUGGAAUGGUGGGUCUGAAUAAUAUUAAAGAGACAGAUUUUGUCAAUGUGACUAUUCAGUCUCUAAUGAGAGUUACACCCUUAAGGAAUUUCUUCCUUAUCCCUGAAAACUAUCAGCAUUGCAGAUCUCCUCUUGUUCAUCGCUUUGGAGAACUCACAAGGAAGAUAUGGCAUGCGAGGAACUUUAAAGGACAGGUGAGCCCACAUGAAUUUCUCCAGGCAGUUAUGAAAGCCAGUAAAAAACGGUUUCGCAUAGGACAGCAGUCUGAUCCUGUGGAGUUCAUGGCAUGGCUUCUUAAUACGCUACAUGCAGAUCUUAGGACUUCGAAGAAAAAUAACAGCAUCAUUUAUGACUGCUUUCAGGGGGAGUUGGAGGUCGUGAAAGAGAUUCCUAGCAAAGCUAUUGCUGAGAAGAAAGAAAAUGACGAUGAGCAGAACAGCAUACAGAAGACCACUGAUGGUGGGAAUGAACAUGAUGUUGUCACAGAAACUUCUAGAAUGCCAUUCUUGAUGCUUGGACUGGACUUGCCACCACCACCUCUAUUUAAAGAUGUGAUGGAAAAGAAUAUAAUACCCCAGGUUCCUCUGUUCAAUAUUCUGAAGAAAUUCGAUGGUGAGACAGUGACUGAAGUUGUCCGCCCUCGUGUGGCCCGGAUGAAAUAUCGAGUUACCAGAUUACCACAAUAUUUAAUACUCCACAUGCAGCGGUUCAAAAAGAACAACUUUUUUAUUGAGAAGAAUCCAACCUUAGUCAACUUUCCGGUCAAGAACUUGGAACUGAAGGAUUAUAUUCCUCUGCCAAUGCCUAAGGAGAAUUUGAGAUUGCGGUCGAAGUACGAUUUGAUCGCUAAUAUUGUUCAUGAUGGGAAACCCAAUGAGGGGUUCUACAGAGUUUUUGUGCAGCGGAAAUCGGAAGAAUUAUGGUAUGAGAUGCAGGAUCUGCAUGUCUCUGAAACUCUUCCUCAAAUGGUUGCGCUGUCUGAGGCAUAUGUGCAGAUAUAUGAGCAGCAACAGUAGCAUUACAGGAAUCUUAUUGCUGACUGUUAUUGAUUAACAGGUACAAGAGUUUUGAGCUUGUGCCAAUAGUUGAGCAAACUUGGGAAUGAGUAAGAGCCUAGGCAGAUACACUGAGUGUAGUAAAAUGUUGAACUUCUCGUAGAAAAAGUGUGGUUGUAGUUUGUAUGUCUGGUAUAAGUAAAAGCAUCAAUGAAAUUUUGACAUGGAAAAGAUCCUAUCUUGUGUAGGAUGUAACUUACCUUUAAACUACCAAUUUCUUGUAUGAGAUGUACAGCAUUGUGUAUGCAGCAGUUCUUAUGUCUGCAAGCAAUUCAAUUGCUACUUUUAAGUA